AUGGCCCCACUUCCCACCGCCCAACUUUCCACAGCCCUACUUCUCCAACCACACUACUUCCUACCGCCCUACUUCCCACCACCCUACUUCCCACUGCCCAACUUCUCAUGGCCCCACUUCCCACCGCCCCACUUUCCACAGCCCUACUUCCCACAACACUACUUCCUACCGCCCUACUUCCCACCACCCAACUUCCCACUGCCCCACUUUCCACAACACUACUUCCUACCGCCCCACUUCCCAUCGCCCCACUUCCCACCACCCCACUUUCCACAGCCCUACUUCCCACAACCCCAUUUUCUACCGCCCUACUUCCCUAUGCUCGACUGCCAACUGCCCUACUUCCCACCGCCCUACUUCCAACCUCCCUACUUCCCACUGCCCUACUUCCUAACGCCCCACUUCCCACCACCUCACUUUCCACGGCCCUACUUUCCACAACCCCGCUUCCCACCGCCCUACUUCCCACCGCCCUACUUCCAAUGGCCCUACUUCCCACCGCCAUACUUCCAAAUGCCCUACUUCCCAAUGUUCCACUUCCCACACCCCCACUUUCCCUACCUCCCACCACCCGACUGCCAACUGCCCUACUUCCCACCGCCCUACUUCCCACAGGCCCUACUACCCACAACCCCACUUCCUACCACCCUACUUCCCACCACCCCACUUUCCACGGCCCUACUUCCCACAACCCCACUUCCUACCGCCCCACUUCCCACCACCCCACUUUCCACGGCCCUACUUCCCACAAUCCCGCUUCCUACCACCCUACUUCCCACAACCCCACUUCCUACCGCCCCACUUCCCACCACCCCACUUUCCACGGCCCUACUUCCAACAACCACGCUUAUACACCCCACCUCACCUCAUUGUAUUGCCCCCUUCCUACCAAUGAAGAAUACUGCAACAUGUCUUCCAAUUGGAUUUACUUGA